GCCCAAUUUAAGGCCACUCACCCUCUGAAAGAGCAUUUGAUUUUAGAGAUAUUAGCUAAUCUCUGAGGAGGAGAAAUUUUUUUAAGCAAAGAAUGUAAAAGCCAGUCAGAGCUUUUCUACUUGUCAUAGCAGUGACAAUCUAGAGCCAGUAAGAGAAAUAGGAGGAAGAAAGCUACCUAGUUUUAAUCUGAAGCUAGAGCACAUAAUCUCAGAUCUUUCUGGACACUCUGCUCAUGAUAAAGCAUGGAGUCAAUAGCUUGUUCACAUGGCUAUUUGAAGCUCAUCCAGAGUGCCACAAGGCCAAGCGGCCACCAGGCUGUGCUGCUUGAUGAUCCUUAGCAAUAGCUUCGUGAUGACCAGUGGAUACUCUCUGAGGAUAUCAGUGGGGUGGGCCUCCUGAGCAGAGUCCUCCCAAGGAGAGGCUCGCCACGUGGCAUGGCAAACUGCUGGAACUUUGUAUGGUUUUCAGCUGUUCUCCUUGAGCUUGUGGUGACAAUGUUUGACAGAAAGAAUUAACCGUGUUCCAUCUUGCAAGGAUCUUGGCCUUUCCAAAUGGUUCUGGCAUUUUCUAUAUGAGCUCAGACUGAAUUAAGGCUGAGUUGUCUUGAGCUGAGACUGUGAUUCAAUCUUGUCAUCCAAUGCUGGAGAUCAUCAUCUUCAAAGCACCUUAGGAGGUACUAGACCAAGUACAUGAUCCUCAGUCCUUUGUGAGCUUCUCAUAGGUUGCUAAUGGUGAGCUGAUACUUUAGUUUGCUGAUUUCCAUGCACUUUUCCAGCAUAAAAUCUCUGAACUCUGUGUGUUCAGCAAAGCAUAUAAAUGGCCUUAGGCUUCACUGAAAUAUGAAAAACUUCAGAUUAGAUUUCUGUAAUGCUCUGUGAGCUUUGUUUUACUCCUGUGCCUCUACCCCAGUCAGCAGACAAAAUUUAUGUGAGAAACAGGACCCUGAUAUCAGCAUAGAGUGCCUCGUGAUUAUUUUAUGACUUGGGGUGAACUGUGGCUUUGACUAUGAAGCCUCAUAGGUUUGAGCUGCCAAGUAAGGAAAACACAUGCUCUUUCAAAAGGUUGUGGAGGUUCCUUACUAUCUUCUCUCUGGAGCUGUGUGGAAAUAUAGUGCAGUCACUCAAAUGCUUUCCAGAUCUUCUGUGGCAUGGAAACACCCUCAAGACUGUAAUGUAGGAUUUGUCUUAUUGCCAGAAUUAUUAGUUCCAAUAAUAAUAAGCUGGUUGAUUACUGCCAUCAACUCCUAGUUGCAAAAAUGAUAAAGAAAAUGUAUUUCAACUAUUUAUCUAAUGAAAGUAUACAAGCCUUUCCAUUCUGGGAUCCAAGUAUCAGUUAGGAUAGUCCUGAAAACUUCACUGUGGAAAAUACCAUGUUCAGAUACUGAAAUUUUAUUACAAAAAUAUGAAGCCAUUGUGUAAAAUGUGAUGGGUUAAGUGAACCUAAGCUUAGUGGCUCAGAGAAACAGAAUAAACCUGUGAUUAAGUGAUUAGGAGCAGCUCUUUAGGUAGGUGCUACUUGUCUUGUGCCAUGUUGAUGUCUCCACUAGGCCUGAACAUGUCAUGCAUGACAUUCUGGUCACAUAAUAAAUCACUGUAGUAUCUUUUCCCCUCAGGAUGUACAAAUUUCAGCCUACUGGCUCCACCAUAGACAAAAAAAAUCCUGAUACAAACAAAUUCCCCAAUGGGUUCAUCUAUAACUGAUGACAACUGGAGUGUCAGUAAGCACAACACUGAGAAUGUUCUGUAGCUCUUUCAUAUUGCCAGGCAUGCUUUCAUUUCCUUUCAUUUGUAUGCCUUUUUAUAAGGAGAAGAAAUGGGUAGGAGUCUCAUAUUUUGUUGAAAGACAACAAGACAUGAGAAUAUUUAUACCUUGUUGAUCUAAUCUGGUGCAGAAUAGCAUUUCAGUUUUGAAUAGGCUCAUACUCUUUUGCCUUGAGCCAAGGCAGGCUCAUGAAAGGAGCAUUGGCAUUGCAGAAAUGAUUCCCACUGGCACUAGCUGCCUAGGAAACAGGCUGAGGAACUGCUAACAGAGAAAGCAAAAGACAAAAGAGUGAAUGUGAAAUGUCUGGAGGAGAGAACAGCAAUACGCCUUUGAAAUGUCUGGAGGAGAGAACAGCAAUAUGCCUUCUGCUGAAGGAUUAACCAAGUUUGGUCUGAGCUUUCUGUCUCAUGGAAAUUUGGAUCCCACUGUUCAAAUGACUGGAAUGAACUCAGAUGGCAGAACUUCUGUGCAAUCGACGGAGUGAAGUGAGAGUGGCUGCAGUGGGGGAUGAGGGAAGGCUGCAGAUCAGGAAGGAGAAGGGUAAUGAGGAGAAACUCGAUCAUCCUGACUGAACAUUUUGGAGAUGCUGUAGUUUGUCUGGGGAUAGAGAAUGCAAGAAAACUUCGAUGGUGAAUGGACUGCUAGAAGAACAAGCCCAUGUACAAAGAUGGAGCCAAAAUCUUCUGGGAGGAGCACAGUGACAGUACAAGGGGCAACAAGCACAGGUUGCAAUGCUAAAGUUGUAUAAUCAGUUAUUGGGUUGUUUUUGCUGAGGAUUGGUCACUGUGAAACUCUGACUCAUGACUAAGCUGGAGUGACUGAAAAAUUCAGCAUAUUUCAUGACACUAUGUCAAAUUUUACAGGGACCUGGCAGCUGCAAAACUUUCAUUUCUUCAAGACAGAAAUUAUUUGCUGACUCAUACAAAUAAAUGAUGGUAUAUUUAUCCUCUCUGGCACUGGCACCUGAUCCCUUUGACACUUUCAUGAUGCUUUGGACCAGGGCAGGAGAUAGAUUCCCUUGAAAACUGCUUUUUCAUGAAAGCUUUAACCCAGUCUUUCAAAGCCCCCAGCCCCCUCGCUGAACUUUAUCCUGCAGGGUAAAAUCUUCAAGCAAAUGGCAGCCAAAUGGAUCAAAGCAACUGCUCAGGGCUACACCCUUCUCUUGAGGGUUGCUCUGGGGACAGAGUUGUCUGUUGCUUCUUCUUUGCAAUGGUAGGCUCUGAGCUGCAGUGAAAGAACUGCUGGUUUGCUGCUUGUAUCAGUAUUCUCCAGAACAGGAAUAUUUCUGGUGCUUCAUCUGCUUUGUGUGGGGAUGUGGUCACAGAUGUCUACUGUUGGUACUACAUUAUGACUGGGACUCUGAUGUGUUACACAGCUUUACAAAGUUAAGAGCAACAUCUUCAAGAGUUAUGUAUACAUGUGUUUUCUUAACAACAUAAUGUAUAUACAAUGGCUUGCUUUAACUGAAGUAUCCUUUAGUUAAAGAACUAGUACUUUUAGAAGUAGACCUCUCAUUAACUAGCUGGACAAGUGCCAACAGCAAAGUGCAGAUAUACUUCUAUCUGGACAAAAGUCUGUAUUUCUGGUUAUUCAAAAUACAGAACGGUAUCUUUCCUUUUCAUCUCCAUAGCAUGGAAGGGAGUUUGGAGGUAAUAGUAGCACCUCAGAUUGCUGCAGCAGCUGCUUGUAUGUUUGUGCCCCAAAAUCACUUUUUUUCUGUCUUGGCAUGAAGAAGUGCAUGUUUGUGCAGUGUUCGCAGACUGUUUGAUUACUCCUGUCGUGCAUUGCCUGGCAGAGACAUGGUGUUUCUUAAAUGAACUGCUGUUUCUUCCCAGCUUAUGAGUGAAAGGCUAAACAUUAAGCAGACACUAACAAGAUUCCAGUUCUGAAGCACAUUUUAGUUCUCAGCAGUUUGUUUUUUGCCAUACAUCCAACACUGUCUCCUGAGGGAAAAAGCAAUACAAUUAACAUGAGAUAGAUAGAUUUGGUUCAGUGUACUCAUAUUCCAUUACUGUAUCAACCUAUUUGUGAUUCUCAUAGUAUUGUGUAUGUUCUGAUUUUUUUAAUUAUUAUUUGUGUUGUUGUUUCAAAAAGGCACCAUUUUAGAUGUUACAUUUUCAGAAGCCGUCAGAUUUCAGCUAUUUUGGAUACAUGGGGCGGAGAAAGGAGACACUGAGAACCAAGAAUUAUAAACAUGAUUUUUUUUUUCCAUUACCAGCAGGAAUAUCCUCAUCUGAGUCCUAUUAGAGAGGUAACUGCCUUCAUUAGUAAAAUAAACCAGUAUACAAUCACAGCCAGCCUAAAUGCUUGGGCUCAACAAUCUAAUUUAGAAACUUAUCUAUGCUGUGUUUGAGUAGAGAGGCCUUUCUUGUAUUAUCUGAGUAAACAGAACAGAUGCAGAUGCUUGCCAGGAGUUCUGAGUCUCACAAAUUGGUUCUACAGACUAGCUUAAAUAUGCCUUAUAAAUUCACCAGUCUUCACUUAGUGUACUCAAGCUUCAAAGCAAGCAUGAAGACUAGAAAUGCAAUAUUAAUACUUACAGAUCCAGCUGCUGUAACUCAGACCACUCAAACAAGAAGAAUGACUCAGAAAGAGAAACAAGAGUAGCACAUAAAACACCUCUUUUAUUAAUAAUUUUCCACUGGCUUUACCCGAUCCUGUCUUGCUUCACUGUUUGCAACAUGGUGAAGACAAUCAUCUCGCUAUCGCUGCAGAGGUGCUUUCAGUCUCUUACAAUGCAGCUAUCUAACUGAGGGACACCAAGGCUGCUGCGGUUCUCUGCAUGUCCACACUUGGCCCAUGAGCAGUUGAGAAUUAAUUCAGUUUUUCCAGUUGCCUUUUUACUAGUUUAAUUAAUUUUCCUCCUUUUCCCAUCACCAAACACGCUUUCCCAGAUGACAGAGAGGAAAUGUGCUGGAGGAAAUAAUUUCUUCUCCAUCAAAAAAGGUUUUAAAUCAAGAUUUUCUGAGUGCCUGGUGAUUUAGAGGUCCUCAGUGUUUCAAAUGCUGAGAUGGAACAUUGUAAAGUGACAGAAAAUACCAUGUACUUACCCUCUGAUCCCUGAUGCUAUUUAUUUGAGGUUCCCCGAAUUGGCAUAGAAGAUCACCAAUCAUUUUUUGGCCCAGGCCCUAUCUCAGACAUACAAAAAUCUUGUUCCCAAACUUCUCCUUCUUCCCCAGGUCAUUAGAUUGUCUGAAAGGUGCCAGCUGUGAGGUUUUAAAACUGUUCCCUGUUCUCUGAGUUUUCAGGGUUCAUGUUUUCCAAUGUAAUCUCAUGUAAGUCUGAUUAUUCUUGUCUUUUGGAUAUAGAAGACUUCCUACCUGCCUGCCUUCCGGCCUAUCUAACCUAUAGGCUAAGGAGAUCAAACAUUGUACAACUGAAGGAGCUUUCCUGGAAUGGGAUAUAUCUACACUAAUUCAGCCCAGCAUCUCUUGUGAUCACACAUGCAACUGCAUUGUGCCCAGCCGCUGCUGCUGUGCCCAGCCAUUCCACAGGCUCCAUCAUCUCCUUGGCAUCCCAUUGGAAGGGACUGUGGGAGAAAAGGGCUAUGCUUCACAUGAGAGACUGGGUUGAUUUUCUGCGUGGUUCACUCCAGGCUUCCUACAACAGACAGCUUAUUAUCUCGCCUUGUGAAAAUCAUGCUUGACUUCUGGGAGACGUCUAUCAAAAGGAAAGAAUAGACUGAGAAGCUGGUACUUUCAAUCUAAUUAUGUAGCUUGGUGGUUGUUCAGUGAACCUAUUAACUGCUUGAAGUGACUUGCAUCUUCACAGAGGACUAUGGGAGUAUGCUGCUCGCAGAAGCUUUGCUGGAAGAAUGCUUGAAGGAGAACUUUGCCAAACUGAAGGACUCUAUUCCACUGACAGAGAGGAAUGAGCCAAAACUGAGUGAGGCCAAGCAGCGUCUGACCAAUGUCUUGAUCAGAGGAAAACUACGACCUAAAUAUAUGACAGAAGCUAUGCUGAUUCUUGGAAAGCUUCAUUACGUAGAGGGAUCCUACAGAGAUGCCAUCAGCAUGUAUGCAAAAGCAGGAAUUGAUGACCUCUCAACAAAAGAUGAACCUUUGUAUAUGCUGCGUCUGGUGGCUGAAGCCUUUGUUAUUAAAGGUCUGUCUCUGGAGCGCUCAACCAACUCAAUUGCCUCACGUGCUCGCCUGUGUGAAAGGGAGGAGGAAGUCAUGUCUUGCUUUGAGACUGCAUGUGUCAUUGCUCAAGUGUACCUGCAGGAGCUUGAAAAGACCUUAAACAACACACAUUCGAGGAGUAUAAAGGGCAGCAACACGGCAUACUCUGAGUUUGAACUGUCCUACUUCCUGGAAGCAGCUCUACAGAGUGCCUACGUGACUCAUUUAAAAAAGGGCAAUAUUGUGAAGGGAAUGAGGAGUCUGCGAGAAGUAUUACGGACUGUGGAAACAAAAGCUACUCAGACCUUCAAAAUGACUGCAGCCAAACAGCUAGGCCAAGUGCUUCUCCAUUCCUUAAGUGAAGACUGUUAUUGGAGCCCUUUAUCUGAUCCUCUCCCUGAGUUCAUGAACAAGGAAGAUCAGUCUUACAUUAGCAAUCUUCUUUGUCGGAAGCCCGAGCUAUACACAGAAGAGAAUGUUUACUGCCCUCAGGACAACGUAGAAGAGGCUCUGCUGCUCCUCUUAAUCAGUGAAUCCAUGGCAAACCGGGAUGCAGUGAUCAGCCGUGCCCCUGACCAGCAGGAUGACCGUGCUGUCAGCCUUCGGGAUGCUUCUGAAGUCUACGACCUUCUCAGCAUCACUCUGGGCAGAAGAGGGCAGUAUGUCAUGCUUUCUGAGUGCUUGGAGAGAGCCAUGAAGUUUGCAUUUGAUGAAUUUCACCUCUGGUACCAGCUUGCCCUAUCGAUGGUGGCUUGUGGAAAGUCAGCAUAUGCUGUAUCGGUGCUCAGAGAGUGCGCUAAGCUGCGACCAACAGAUCCCACCGUUCCUCUUCUGGCUGCCAAGGUCUGCAUUGGGUCACUGCACUGGCUGGAAGAAGGAGAAUACUUUGCUAAAAUGGUGAUAGACCUGGGUGAGGAUGCUGGAGAGUCCCUAGCGAAGGGUUACUUGGCACUGGGUCUGACAUAUAGUCUUCAGGCUACUGAUGCUACUCUGAAGAGCACUCAGGAUGAAUACAACAAGAAAGCACUUCAGACUUUGGAGAGAGCACGGGAGUUGGACCGGGAAGAUCACCAAAUCAUCCUCUACUUAUCAUUGCAGCUGGCUAUUGUCAGACAGAUUUCUGAUGCUAUAGAACAUCUUCAAGAAGCACUACAACUGUGCAAAGAUGACAUGAACUCACUUCAUCUAUUGGCCCUGCUCUUUUCAGCUCAGAAACACUAUCAGCAUGCACUGGAAGUUAUCAACAUGGCUGUUGUUGAAUACCCAGAAAGCUUUAGCUUACUCUUCACCAAAGUAAAACUGGAAUGGAUGCAUAAAGGACCUGAGGAGGCUCUGGUGACAUGCAAACAUAUGUUGCAGAUGUGGCAGAUGGCUUAUAGUGUUUUACAGCACAGUGGCUCUGAGAAAGGAAGUAGUGUGGCCGAAACACCAGUGAUCAAAAAGCAUAAUGGACUUCAUCUCACGCUCCCGGAUGCUCAUGAUAAUGAUUCUGGAUCACAGCGAGCCUCUUCCCUUGCUGCAUCAAGAAUGGAACAAGCCAUAUCUGAAAUAACAAUGCGGAGCAGCACAAUGAAGCAAGGACCUAUGCAGCUGUGGACAACUCUUGAACAGAUCUGGCUACAAGCUGCUGAACUUUUCAUGGAACAACAGCAUCUCAAAGAAGCAGGCUUUUGUAUCCAGGAGGCAGCUAGUCUUUUCCCCACAUCUCAUGCUGUACUGUACAUGCGUGGGAGGCUUGCAGAGAUGAAAGGCAAUUUGGAGGUGGCUAGGCAAUUGUACGAUGAGGCGCUCACAGUGAAUCCAGAUGGAGUUGAAAUUAUGCACAGCCUGGGCUUGGUGCUGAACAGACUUGAGCGAAGGGAGUUGGCUCAGAAGGUCCUCAGAGACGCCAUCAGGAUCCAGAACACCAGCCACAGGGCCUGGAACAGCCUAGGGGAGGUCUUGCAAGCUCAGGGGAAAAACGAAGCCGCCGUUGAAUGCUUUCUCACUGCUCUGGAUCUUGAAGCCAGCAGUCCUGUCAUCCCGUUCACUGUAAUACCCAGGGAGCUCUGAAGUGUCUUCAUUCCAUGGGCAAACACUGAAUAAACAAACAAAAAGACUUGCAGAGAAGAAACUGGAUUCAACAGAAAGGCAAUUGUAACCUUGAAUUGAGCAAAAUAGUUCUAAUAUGUGGCUCAGGGGAACAUGCUUAGCUGAGACGAGCCUAACUGCAGAGGAGUUUGCGAGAGGCAAAGAGAGAUUAUGCCUUUUUUUUCUUCACAGAUGCCUGGUUAACCCCCUGUUCAAGUUAAUAGCAAGAUUAUUGCAACCAAAAAUGUUGGUUCAAGCUGAUUGACUGUACAAUAUCUCGUGCUGGAAUACAGUUGUUCAAAGCACUCGCACCUUUCAGUUUUCAUUAAGGAUAAAAUCCCAAAUCCAAAGAUAAAACCUCCAAGCCCUGAGCUAAAGCCCAGACCAGCUCUGAGCAGGACUGAGUGUACCAAUGAAUGUACCAGGGUUUAUUUAAGCACGUGGCUGCCUCUGCAUAGAUCUGGCAGAAUAGGAAUGACAAUUAAAUCAUAGAGACACAGUAUAUACCACUUACAAAAUCAUUUCAGCUAUUCUGAUGGUAUUUCUUCCUGCCUUGCUCCUAUAUACUGCAUAUACUCAGUAUAUUUAGUGUGGCAUUUGCCUAGAUCAAUUCAAAUUAAAGAUGCCUUUUUUGUUUGGUUUUGUUUAUAAAGCUGCUAUAGUAACACAGUUCACAAAAGCAGAAAGACCAAAGACCCAGUUGGUUCACAUUUGUCCUAGUGUUAAAAGCAUGUAUGUAUCUCCAAUUACAUAUUCAUUGAAAGGCCUCUCUUGAAGUAUCGUAACUAUAAACUCUCUGAGCUUCAUUGUUGUUAAUCACCUAUUCCAUCACUUUUAGUGAGGAAUGAAGUGAUUACCAGCGUUUAGUGCCUGCAGUUUGUGCUCUGCUGCAGUACUGGCCCUGCCACUAUACACAUUCAUAUCUGCCUCUUCAUGAUAUAAAAGGUAGCAGCAGUCUGUUCAGGUGAAGCACGCUGAAGGCAGCGUGCAUAUAUAAAGAACUGCUUUUCUUCUACAACCAAAUGCUUGGAUUUUCUGCAAGCAUUUCACAUCAGAGGCAGGGAGCUGCGCCUUCAGCUGGGCGGGCUGCUGCUGAGCACCGUGUCGGAUGAAAGAGUGAUCUUAGAGCUGACUGAAGAGCUCCUAAUCCAUUUGCACGGCCGGGCUGCAAGGCAGCUGCCUUACCUCACACUAAGCCGAUCCGAUCCGCACAGCCCUGUGUGACAGGCCUGUGGCCCUGCAGCACAGCACACACGUGCCAGCCCCACAGUGAAGAGGAUGUGGAAAUGAGCUGUGGGUGCUUUUCUGUGCUAAAAGCUGGGGCCACGUGCCCAUUUCUGACCAAAGAAUGUUUGUGACUUUUUCUUAAGUGGGUUUGCACUGAAACAUGCUGCUUACCGUAGUUCCGUCCAGUAUUGUGGUUCUUUUCAGAAAUCAUCAUAACUUCAGGCAGCAAAUGAACACAAGUUACUCUUCCAAGUCCCCAGGGCUCAGGAGCAAACCUGAUAUCAGCCAUUUUUACAGUCAUUUUGGAGCCAUGUUACCCAGCCAUAUCACUUGUCUCCAGUAGCACCAGCAGCAGAGGAAGGAGUAGGUGUUGAAGUACCACAAUUGAAUGGGUUUGUGAAGCUAGAAAGACACAGCAGAGACCCAUUGUGAAGGAUGCUUUGAAGUUGACUUUGUGCUACAGGUAGGAAAAGGGGACGCCAUUGUUGACAUGGCAUGUAAAUUAUUAUCCAGGCGUUUUAAACCCAGUUCCGCUGCUCAAAGCAGUCUGACGGUAGGUUUCAGUAGAUAUAUAUAGAUUGCUGUUAUACUCUGAUACUUGUUCGGGUCCGCAAGCACAGUUCCAGCAUGGGAGUGAGCCUUCUGUAUAGCACAGAGUCACUGUGGUCUGACAUCACCGCUCUGCUCUGCAACAUCUGUCUGUCAGGCACUGCCAUAGUAACGCCUGUGUACCAGACAGCCAUUUGAGUACAUGCUGUGCAUGUCUCUGUGACCGAGGAGCUGUUUGCAGAGGUCUGCAAUGCGGCCGGUCCGAGCCCUGGCAGGAGGUACCAUUAUCCCAGCAGCAGCUGAUAAGCAAACUCACAGCCCUUGUUACUGCUGCAUGCAUGGCUUCCAUGCAGCCACCAGUAUCGUGUACCUUACCACCAAAGGAAGCUUUAGUUCUACGAUACUCAGCUCCACAGCAGUCACCUUCCCAGAAAAGCUGCGUGGUGUGCAGCAGCCAUUGGAACUGCAGUGCUGAGAGGCUGUGCUGCAGGUGUGGUGAGGAGGACAUAGCUCCCAUCAGCAGCAGUGAGAGGCACGCUGUUCAGCACACCACAGCCCCCACUUCAGCUGCAGGCAAAGUUCUGCCUCACUGCUGUGUUUGGACUCAGCCCCAAGAUUUGCUGGGCCCAUCCCAGAGGGUACGAAGUUCACUGGAACUGUGUUGACAUUGCUGGUACAUUUCUGUAUACUUCUUAAUACUUAGAUGGUUAGAGCUUGAGAUCAUGCUGACCUGAGAUGCUCUGCACAGGGCAGGAAAGAGGGGGAUAUUUACAGACUUGCAAGUGUUGUGAGAUAGAUCCUGUAUUUGUUCUUUGCUCAUACUUCCAGGUACUGAAAAACAAAGACUACAAACAAGCCUAUGUAUUGUAGUAUUUAUUUAGAUAGCAACACUGGUAUAUCAAAUAGCCCCACUUCUCUGAGGUGAUGAAAUAAAACUACACAGCAGGAAACCCAGCAUCUUACUACUUAGGGUUUUAGACUAAGCACGUGAGGCUUACAUCCCACCCCUCAUCAGAAUAUUGCAGGCGAUUAUAAAUAAUGGAAGCUGAGUACUUGCAUCUGGUCACAGAAAGGAAUCUGCCUGCAGGCGGAUGGAAGGAGAAGCCCCACAUUCAAGGAGCCCCAUAAGCUUGGCCCCCAUAAGCUGACCCCAGUUGUUGUGGUUGUGAGAACUCCUCCAUCAGAGGCCCUGCCCUCCGGCUCACUGUGCAGAAUGUGGCAGCACUGCCAUAUUCCUGCACUGCGCGAGCACCCCAAUCCGUUUCUAUUGGUAACAGUUCAUGGCACUGAUUAUCACAACGUUUCAGAAGUGCUAAUUAUCUUUUCUUGGUAAUGACUAAUAAAUCCGAAUGGAGAAUAGUCCUGGAGGGUGUUUACUUUAAAAUUCACUGGCUGAGAACCAAAGUAGGCACGGCACUGACUGCUGCAGCUUGAAUUGCAGCUACUCUAUCCCGGAGAAGUCCCAUCUUUUGGACUCCUUCAAGCACUGCAUGACACCAUUGCAGAGCAGUGCUGCCCCAACAGCCUCUCUGACACUGCACAAGGGGAGGCGCUCUUCCUUUGGCCCUUAAUGGGUGUUUCAUUCUCAGCAGUGCCACCCGAAUACUGUCAUCAUGGUUGUGGCUGUUGUUUUUCAAUAUAAUCAAACAGUUGUUCUUGUUGUAAGAUACUCUCAUCUGAUGAAUAAAACUGAUCCUGUGGAAAAAAAUAAAUAAAACUGCUCUUUGUGCAUA